AAAAAAGGGAAACACAAUUUAAGGAGAACCCUUCCCCCUUUUAAAGCUUCAUCCUUCUUCUUAGAUAUUUCAUUCAAUUCAAUUCAAUUCUCCUCUGGCAUACAUACAAUACAAACAAUCAUCAUUCUCCCAUAUAUUCAAUCCUUUUUCAACCCUAAUUCUCUAUUUCUUCCAAUUUCACUCACACAUUUUCAUUCUUCUUUCUUCUUUCUUUUUCUUCUCCGGCAAUCGAUUUCUUAGGGUUUUACUGCUUCAGAGGUACGUUUUCUCCAUUGGCUGUGAUUGUGAUGGAUCACGGUUCCAUUUGUUUGAUAUUCUUGUUGAAUUGUAUCUGUAAUGAUACAAAAUUCGAUUUUGAUCAGGUGUUGCUGUUGAUUUUAUCUUACGGCACUGUUUUCCCUAAAUUAAACGAGUCUUUUGUUUCAAUUUAGGGUUAGGUUUGUUUGGUUUUUUGCUUAGGGGAAUGGUCAAUUUUGUGUCUAGGUCUGUUUGGUGGUAAAUUCACCGGGUGUUUGGGGGUAGAGUUAAGAUGACAGAUGUUCAACAGCAACAGCAACUUCCACAGAAGCCUGAGAGCACUACUGAUACCUGUUUGGAUUUCGAGAGAGGUGGUUCGGAGUUCGAAAGAGGGUUUGAGGAAUUAAUGAGGGGGCAAUUGGAUGAUUGUAUGUCAUUUGCAUCAUGUAGUUCUCCACGAAACACGGAGGAUGAUGAGGAAAGUGAAGGUGGUGAUCAGCUUAUGAGGAGGAGGAGGAGGUCUGAUCUUGAAGAGGAUGAUCUGGCGGAAUCUUCGAUUGCCAGAAGACGUCACUCUAGGAUUUUGAGUAGGUGGGCUGCUAGGCAGGCGCAGGAAAUGAUUACGACGAUUGAGAGGAGAAACCGUGAGUCUGAGUUAAUGGCGCUUGCGGGUUUGCAUACUGUUUCGAUGCUGGAUUCGUCUUUUUUGCGGGAGUCGCAGUCGCCUUCUCCGACUUCGAGUCGACAGGGGAAUGUUGAGAGACCGAGUACCCGUGCGUCUUCGAUUUUGCAGAUGUGGAGAGAGUUGGAAGAUGAGCACGUGUUGAAUCGGGCGCGUGAAAGGGUGAGGGUAAGGCUCAGGCAGCAAAGAAGUGCGGGGUCGAAUACGAAUGUUUCAAGUACGACGGAAGGUAGAGGGAGUGAACGUCAAAGUAGUUUGGGAGAUGUAACCGGGAGUGAAAACGACUAUGGAACUUGGUCUCAUGAUCGAAUGGAGCCACAAAGUGAGGGUCAAGAUCAAGACAAUGGUCGGUCGAGCCGUGAGCAAACUCCCGAUAUAGGUGAGGUUGAGAGGGAGAGGGUUAGACACAUCGUUCAGGGGUGGAGGGAGACGAGUGCUACUGAACCGACACCCGCUGUUGCACAGAGGAAUAAUAGUCCAAGAGCAGAAUGGCUUGGGGAAACUGAACGGGAAAGAGUGAGAAUUGUGAGGGAGUGGGUGCAAAUGACAAGUCAGCAGAGGGGCACGCGUGGUGGUCGUGAACAAAACCGUGAAGGUCAACCAGAGCAUAUUAGAAGGGAUAUGCUUAGGCUGCGUGGUAGACAAGCUCUAAUUGACCUACUUAUGAGGGUUGAAAGGGAACGACAAAGGGAGCUUCAGGGUUUGACUGAGUAUCGCGCGGUUUCUGAUUUUGCACAUCGCAACCGUAUUCAGUCAUUAUUGAGAGGCAGAUUCUUAAGAAAUGAAAGGCCUGUAGAGGAAGAAAGACCUUCUUCAGUUGCAGCAAGUGAGUUGGUUCAGUUGAGACAACGUCACACUGUCUCUGGUUUGAGGGAAGGGUUCCGGUCCAGAUCAGAACACAGCAUUCAUGGUCAAGAAGCCGAAUAUGAAAACCAAGAUCAGUCACAAUUGUGGGACCAAGAAACCGACAUUCAUCAGGUAACAGAUCACACAGGAAGCUUAGAAACCGUUACAGAUGUUCAAAACACAGAUCAACAAGAAAACAUCGAAGAAGAUGAUAGAGGAGAAUGGCAGCAGGAAAGCAGCAGUUAUAACGAGUUUAAUGAAUGGAGAGAUGGGAAUUCAGAAGAUGUUGGAAGAAACUGGCAGGAAAAUUCAGGUAAUGAUUGGCCCCAAGAAACAUUAGAAACGGGCGGUGAUGGUGCUCAUCUGCAUGGAACCGAUGAGGUUUGGCACGAAGAUGGCUCACGGGAAGCCGUCGAAAACUGGCCCGAUGGGCCUUCUGACCCGCCAAGAAUGCCGCAUUCUGUUCCCAUUAGAAGAGUUAAUAGGUUUCACCCACCUGAUGAUGAUAACGUGUACAGCAUGGAACUCCGAGAACUUUUAAGCAGGAGAAGUGUUUCCAAUCUUCUUCGAAGCGGUUUUCGUGAGAGUUUGGAUCAGUUGAUCCAAUCAUAUGUCAGCAGACAAGGUCGCGCACCCAUUGAUUGGGAUCUACACCGCAACUUACCGACCCCUGCUUCACCAGAGGGGGACCAAGAGCGCCGCCAGGAUGAACAGACGGAUGAAAAUCAGCAUGAUGGUAGACCGUCUUUGGUUCUACCAUCACCACCAGUACCACCGCCACAACCCAUUUGGCAUCAUUUGCCUUAUUCUAGUUGGUCGCGUCACACCAUGCAUCGUUCUGAACUCGAGUGGGAGGUGAUCAAUGAUUUGAGGGCAGAUAUGGCAAGACUGCAACAAGGCAUGAGCCACAUGCAGAGGAUGCUAGAGGCUUGCAUGGACAUGCAACUUGAGCUGCAACGGUCUGUCAGACAGGAAGUUUCUGCUGCGUUGAAUCGAUCAGGGGGUGGACAAGAUAUAGCUGCAGAAACGUCAGAAGAUGGAUCAAAAUGGUGUCAAGUGAGGAAAGGAACAUGUUGUGUUUGUUGUGAUAGCCAGAUUGAUUCUCUGUUGUACAGAUGUGGGCACAUGUGUACAUGUUCAAAAUGUGCGAAUGAGUUGAUUCGUGGAGGAGGGAAAUGUCCGUUGUGCAGGGCACCGAUUGUGGAGGUUAUUCGUGCAUACUCCAUACUAUAAACAGAUUACAAACUGACUAAGGAAGACGAUUAUAGUUCUCAUCCGUGGAGUGCGUCAUUUUUGCCUCACUGUUUUUCUAAUUAUAUGUUGAAUGAUUGAUUACGCAUUGUAUAAUUGGAUUAACAAUUGGCUCUUUUUUAAUACUUAAUUAUUGCAUAAUAAAAUUCCACACUAAAAUUUCGUUUCAA